UCUUCUCCGUGAAACUCGAGUUCUUCGAUCGACUGCGGUGAAACGAUCGACAUUUUCUCCACCAGUGGAUCGUUCUGAUCCUGUGUGACUUUCGGUUGUAAAAAAAAUUCAAGUGUGAAUAAUUUUUUGAUCUCUCUUAUAGACUGUAGAUAGAUAUAGGAUACAAGAUUGUACGUAUUAUUUAAAUCGUCAUAAAAAUAUGAUUAACGGAUGCGUAGUGUGUAAUUGCUCUUACCAUUUCGGCGUCUGAUAUCAAUGCCGUCAGGAAGCCUAAGUUAUCAUUCGAGCUUUUCCUUCUACCAUGCGAACCGUGGGAAUCCAGAAGGAUGAGAAAGCUAGAUGACGGCAGAUGGAACGACCGGGUGAUCCUGAACGUCGGCGGUGUACGACACGAAACCUAUAAGUCUACUCUGAAGAAAAUACCAGCUACUAGGUUGUCACGUUUAACGGAAGCCUUGGUCAAUUACGAUCCUAUUUUGAACGAAUACUUUUACGAUCGUCAUCCGGGCGUUUUUGCCCAGGUGUUGAAUUACUAUCGUACCGGAAAGCUUCAUUACCCGACAGACGUUUGUGGCCCGCUUUUCGAGGAGGAACUCGACUUCUGGGGACUGGACUCUAAUCAGGUGGAACCGUGUUGUUGGAGCACCUACAGCGUGCACAGGGACACCCAAGCAACGCUGGCGAUUCUCGACAAGCUGGACAUAGAGGGUGAGAAAUUAAGCGACGAGGAGAUCGCGCGACUAUUCGGUUACGAGGAGGAAUACAACAGAGGGACCUUGACAAAAUGGCAAAGACUACGGCCAAGGAUCUGGGCUCUGUUCGACGAGCCGUACUCGUCCACCGCGGCCAAGUGCAUAGCCUGUAUGUCGAUACUUUUCAUCUGCCUCUCGGUUCUCUGCUUCUGCCUCAAGAGUCACACGAUGACGAAACAAUCGAGAAACAAUCAACGGAGCGAUGAAUCGCUGCAUUUCGAAUCCAACGGAUACAUGGAUCACGUCGAUUCUUAUCCGGUGCUCCUUUACCUUGAACAUACGUGCAACGCUUGGUUUACUUUGGAGAUUACUCUUCGCUGCUUGGUAAGCCCAAGCUUGAAGAGAUUCGCCGUGUCACCAGUGAACGCGAUAGACUUAACCGCUACGUUGAGCUUUUACACGGAGUUCCUUACCAAGUCCAGCUUGUAUCUUGACAUUCUGUCGAUAGCUCGAGUCCUGCGGCUCUUCAAGCUGACGAGACACUCCCCAGGACUUAGGAUUCUGAUCCAUACGUUCAAGGCGUCAGCCAAGGAAUUGGCGUUGCUGGUUUUCUUCCUCGUUCUAGGCAUCGUCGUCUUCGCUAGUCUCAUCUUCUACGCAGAACGUCUUCAAGAAAACCCGCAUAACGACUUCGACAGCAUACCGCACGGUCUCUGGUGGGCCUUGGUGACCAUGACGACAGUUGGUUACGGCGAUAUGACACCAAAAACCUUUCCCGGAAUGUUCAUCGGGGGAUUGUGCGCUAUUGCGGGCGUUCUAGCUAUCGCUCUUCCAGUUCCUGUUAUCGUCAGCAACUUCUCCAUGUUUUAUUCCCAUACGCAGGCUCGAAGCAAGUUACCGAAACAAAGGCGAAGAGUGCUACCAGCGGAAGUGCCAAGACGAUCGAGAUGUUUGAGUUACCAAAACACCAACGAUAUUCAAUCUCCACUUAUUUCCAAUACCUCGUCCAGGUCACCGAGACGGAGGCCAGCAACCAUAGGGUUGGAAAAUGUUUUCAAUCUGCAGCCUAAUAUCGUGAUAAAUUUGCCGCAAGAAUCCACCGUCACGGGAACCAUAAAUUCUGACAGAGUGGAUUCUCCUCACCUUGCCACCACCAAUCCCGUGAAAAAUGGCACAGCAGUUGAUGGGGCUACGUAUGAUACGUAUCAAAGGGAGGAGGGCAAAAAGGCAAGUUGGUUUACAGAAACCUCCAAAGAUAUACCUCAUACUUACAUCAUUGUGCCAGAGACGUUGGCAACGAUGUAAAA